CUUUUUGCGUAUCCCUCUUACGCACCCAACACGCUUUCCGUACGUUUAAUUUUGGAUUCUAAACAAACUGCGCAUAAAAACAACAUCGAAGUUAAUGGGAAAGUAGGGACCGAUGGGAGUGUGCGAGUUUUUGAAGCUGAAACGCUUUUGUGGGGGUGCUGAUUGACUUCAACAUGUAGCUUUACUACAAGAUCAACGCCAAAAUUUGCUGAAGUUGCGGAACGAAGUCGGAAGUCCUGAACUUUCCGUUUCUUCCUCCUCUUGUCCGACUGAUCCUGGAACUACCACGUUUUGAUUCACGACAGCCUCAGCUGCAUUACGAGAAUGGCUUUCCCUGGCGCUGGAGAUGAGCAGGAGAAAUUGCUGGAGGAAAUAUUGCGCAUCGUUAAACAAGAAGCAUUCCAGAUGAAACGGUGCAUCGACAAGAACCGUUUGAUGGACGCCCUGAAACACGCAUCCACUAUGUUAAUGGAAUUACGGACGGGCAGCUUGACUCCCAAAAAUUAUUAUGAGCUUUUUAUGGCCGUUUGCGAUGAACUCAGCCACUUGCAAGCCUACUUGCUGGAGGAGUUCAAUAAGGGAAAUCGUAUGCCAGAGCUUUACGAGCUUGUCCAAUACGCCAGUAACAUCAUUCCUCGAAUGUAUUUGCUGGUUACUGUUGGUGUGGUUUUCAUUAAAAGCAACGAAAACUCUCGCAAGGAUAUUAUGCGAGAUUUGGUGGAAAUGUGCCGUGGAGUGCAGCAUCCGCUUCGUGGACUUUUUCUUCGGAAUUACCUUUUGCAGGAAACCAAACAUGUCCUCCCCGAUGUAUUGGAAGCGCCAACAGAAACCGCUCCUGACGGCUCACCCAUAUCUUCCGGCACUGUUUCCGAUUCCGUUGAUUUUGUAUUGACGAAUUUCGCUGAAAUGAACAAGCUAUGGGUGCGGAUGCAGCAUCAAGGACAUUCCCGCGAUCGCACUCGACGUGAACGCGAGCGUCAAGAACUUAGAUUGUUAGUGGGCACAAAUUUGGUACGGUUAAGUCAGUUGGAAUCUAUCGAUGCGGAAUCCUUCAAGGGUCAUGUUUUGCCGGGCAUCUUGGAACAGACUGUCAGCUGUCGUGAUGCCAUUGCACAGGAAUAUCUGAUGGAGUGUGUCAUUCAAGUUUUCCCCGACGAAUUCCAUCUAGAAACCUUAAAUACGUUUUUAAAAGCCUGCUCCGAGCUCCAGCCGGGUGUGAACUUGAAACGAGUUAUCAUUGCAUUGAUUGAUCGCCUAGCAUUGUAUUCCCAACGCGAGGACACAAAUGGCAUUCCUGCUCAUCUUCAGUUGUUUGACAUUUUCAGCAACCAGAUUACGGCUGUCUUUGAAGCUCGCCCUGAAUUACCCGUAGAAGAUAUUGUUGCUCUGGAACUUGCUCUUAUAAAUCUAGCUCUGAAAUGUUAUCCGGACCGGACUGAUCUCGUGGAUCAGGUCCUGCAAAAUAUUGAUGUUAUUUUCCAGAAGCUAAGUAUUGAUGAAGUGCCAGGAGAAAGUGCUGUCUGUAAAGAAUUGACGAAACUAUUGAAAAUUCCGCUGGAUCAUUAUAAGGAUAUCCUGACAGUUCUUCAGCUGCAAAACUACGCCAAAAUCUUGAAGUAUUUGGAUUUUAAACCAAGAAAGGAGAUCAGUCUCUAUGUUGCUCAUAAUAUUGUCGAUAACGGUACCAUUGUGGCUCAACAAGAGCACGUUGAAGCACUGUUGAUGAUGUUGGCGCCUUUAAUUGAGGAUCACCCUUCUGCGCCCAUUAAUCCAGCCGAUGACGAUUUCAUCGAUGAACAAACUGUCAUUGGCAAAUUGAUUCAUUUCUUACGUCCUGCAGAACUUGAUCAGCAAUACUUGAUCCUGAGCACGGCGAGAAAAUUCUUCGGAAAUGGCGGAGUGCAUCGUGUUCCUUAUACUCUACCGACGAUUGUUUUCUUGGCUUUCGGCUUAGCGCAAGAUUACUAUGCAACAAGAGAUGAAGACCCAAAAUGGAGCAAGAAGUGCCAAAAAAUCUUUCAGUUCUGUCACCAGACAAUUUCUGCCCUGGCGAAACUGGAGUUGCCGGAAAUUUCGGUUCGUUUGUUCCUGCAGGGUGCACUGGCUGUUGCGCGUGUGCCUUUUGAAUCGUCGGAAACAGUUGCAUACGAAUUCAUGUCCCAGGCUUUCUCCAUCUACGAAGAAGAGAUCUCAGACUCUAAAGUACAAAUCCUGUGUGUUCUUUUAAUCAUUGGUACUCUUCAGCAGCUGGGCUGUUUUUCGGAAGAAAGCCAUGAACCGCUGCGGACGCAGUGCGCUUUAGCUGCGGCCAAACUGUUAAAGAAGCCAGACCAGUGUCGUGCACUGAUCGCUGCGGCUAACAUCUUUUGGUCUGGCCGGCUGUCGAAUUCCGAUUCCGAUUUAAAGGAUUCCAAACGUGUGAUGGAUUGUCUAAAAAAAGCCUUGCGCGUGGCUUCCCAGUGCAUGGAUAACACGGUCAAAGUGCAGUUGUACGUUGAAAUAGCCGAUGCCUAUUGUGUAUUCCAGAGUCGAGGUGUUGAGGCAGUGUCGGAUGAGAUGAUUGUGCAGAUGAUGCAGAAAAUCCAGGACGAGCUACCUGCCCUGGAUGUCAACGAAGAAUCCAACCAUAUCAACAAACAGUUCCAGAAUUGCUUGGACAAUUUGAAGAAAGCGAAGCCAGACGUUCCGUUUUAAACCCGUUAGAGCCUUUUGUAUUUAUUCUUUCUUUUACAGUGAUUCUCUUUUAACCCGUAAUUUAAAGUGAUUUAUCGUUAAUUCAGUUUUCAUUUGUUUUAACAAAGCCUAAUGGUUUUUAAGUUAUUUUAUGAUGACGGUUAAAUAGCCAUAAUAUAUAGUUGAUUUAAUGAUUAUUUAGUGCCGAAGUUCAGAUACAUCGUUUAUUGUAGUAAUAUUUAUUUGCAUGUUGAGCGAGCGCUUCUGAAAAUUUAUUUUACCAUGCUUUCUUGAACUUUCUUCCAGCGUAAUAAAGUUGUCGCAUCUCAUGUA